CAAGAGCCGCAUUUGACCAGAACAGAUCCUCCUCUUACUCUCCGUUCCCCAACCAACAUCCAAUUUCUUUCUCAACAAACAUACUGGAACCAAAUAUCAUUGCAAACUGUAACCACCUAUCCCGUAACUGUGACGACGCCGGCCCAACUUGAAUGCUCUCCUCUUCUCUCCUCCAAGCUCUUCCUUUCCCUUCCCCACAAUUUUCUUCCACUUUGCUGAUCAAAGCCCUUAAACCCUCACUCUUUCCUCCAUUCCUCUCAAUGAAGGACCGGCCUCCAUCCUCCUACGGCGCCGUUUACGUCCCUCCCCACCACCGCUUACGCUCCGUCAUCACUUCCCCGAAUCACACCUCCGCGGCUCUCAUAGACUCCAAGCUCCGCGAAGCCCAAAGCGCGGUUCUAAACCCUAGAGCCGGUACUCUGCCUCACUUUCAAGCCCAGAAUAAUCAGCAGCAGGAACAGCUCCACAAGGGGAAUUCUCAGUACAACUCGGCGUGCGAUGAUAGGGUCUCCGAGGAAGACUCAGAUCGCGAGUUCGAGUCUUUUUCACAGCCGGGUGCUUCCCACUCUAAUAACGUUGAUGAGUGGAGACAAAAGUUUACAAUGCUUUUACAUGACAAGGAGAAGCAAGAGUUGGUCUCAAGGGAGAAAAAGGAUAGACAUGAUUUUGAACAUAUAUCAGCUUUGGCAAGCAGAAUGGGGCUUUACAGCCAUCUGUAUGCAAAAGUUGUUGUCUUUAGUAAGGUCCCGCUGCCGAACUACAGAUUUGAUCUGGAUGACAAACGUCCACAGAGGGAGGUGGCCUUGCCUCUUGGGUUGCUGAGAAGAGUUGAUUCCUACUUAGGAGAAUACCUCUCUCAAAAGUCUAAGACUAGAGAAAACUUUCCAGAUCUAUCAUUUUCGACGUUGAGCAGUGGCUGUAGUAUUGCCACUGAUGAAGGGCUUUUUGAGCAACCUGAGCCACUGGCAGCAAGUAAGGCUGUUAUGGAGAAAAUUCUUUGGCGGAGAAGUUUACUACUGCGGGAUCAGCAACAAGCUUGGCAGGAAUCUUCUGAAGGUAGAAAAAUGCUGGAAUUUCGUCAGAGUCUCCCUGCUUAUAAAGAAAAGGAUGCAUUGCUGACAGCUAUUUCACAAAAUCAGGUUAUAAUUGUUUCAGGUGAGACUGGCUGUGGCAAGACCACGCAAAUUCCCCAAUUUAUUUUAGAGUCAGAGAUAGAAUCUAUUCGUGGAGCUGCUUGUAGCAUUAUAUGUACACAGCCACGGCGAAUAUCUGCUAUGUCUGUUUCUGAAAGAGUUGCUACAGAGAUGGGGCAGAAAUUGGGUGAAUCUGUGGGAUAUAAAGUUCGGUUGGAAGGUAUGAAAGGGAGGGACACCCACCUUCUCUUUUGCACCACUGGCAUUUUGUUGAGAAGAUUGCUUGUUGAUAGAAACUUGAAAGGUGUAACUCAUGUUAUUGUGGAUGAAAUUCAUGAACGUGGAAUGAAUGAAGAUUUUCUGCUUAUUGUCCUAAAAGAACUCCUUCCUCGUCGACCAGAACUUAGGCUAAUUCUGAUGAGUGCAACACUUGAUGCUGAUCUUUUCUCGUCCUACUUUGUUGGGGCACAGAUAAUGCACAUCCCAGGUUUUACAUAUCCUGUUCGAACUCAUUUCCUGGAGAAUAUUUUGGAAAUAACGGGUUACAGAUUGACCCCUUACAACCAAAUUGACGAUUAUGGUCAAGAAAAGAUGUGGAAAAUGGGCAAACAAGCCCCAAGAAAGAGGAAGAGCCAAAUAGCUUCCGUGGUUGAGGAUGCUCUCAAAGCAGCCGAUUUUAAGGAGUACAGCCACCAGACUCGGGAAUCUUUGUCAUGUUGGAGUCCUGAUUGUAUUGGGUUUAAUCUAAUAGAGUAUAUUCUAUGCAACAUAUGUGAAAAUGAGAAGCCCGGUGCUAUCCUAGUUUUUAUGACUGGCUGGGAUGACAUAAGUUCUCUGAGAGAUAAGAUGCAAGCUCAUCCGCUUUUAGGAGAUCCGAGUCGGGUUUUAUUGCUAGCAUGCCAUGGGUCUAUGGCCAGUUCAGAGCAGAGGCUAAUAUUUGAUGAGCCUGACAAUGGAGUGAGGAAAAUAGUGCUUGCUACUAAUAUUGCUGAGACAAGUAUUACUAUUAACGACGUUGUGUUUGUUAUUGACUGUGGAAAAGCUAAAGAGACGUCUUAUGACGCACUGAACAACACUCCUUGUUUGCUUCCUUCCUGGAUUUCCAAGGUUUCUGCUCAACAAAGAAGAGGAAGAGCUGGUCGUGUUCAACCUGGAGAGUGUUACCACCUCUAUCCUAGAUGUGUCUAUGACGCUUUUGCAGAGUAUCAAUUGCCAGAAAUUUUAAGGACACCUUUGCAGUCUCUUUGUCUGCAAAUAAAAAGUUUGAAACUUGGAAGCAUCUCUGAGUUUCUGUCUAGGGCUUUACAAUCACCAGAAUUACUAGCGGUUCAAAAUGCUAUCGAGUAUUUAAAAAUUAUUGGUGCCCUGGAUGAGAAAGAAAAUCUGACAGUCUUGGGGCGCUAUUUGACCAUGCUUCCAAUGGAGCCAAAACUUGGCAAGAUGCUCAUCUUAGGUGCUAUCUUCAAUUGCCUGGAUCCAGUAUUGACUAUUGUUGCUGGCCUUUGUGUCAGAGAUCCCUUUCUAACACCAUUUGAUAAAAAGGAUCUUGCAGAGGCUGCAAAAUCUCAGUUUUCCCGAGAUUACAGUGACCAUCUUGCUCUUGUUCGGGCCUAUGACGGCUGGAAAGAUGCUGAAAUAGAUAACUCUGGAUAUGAAUACUGCUGGAGAAAUUUUCUUUCAGCGCAAUCAAUGAAAGCUAUUGAUUCUCUUAGGAAGGAGUUUUUCUCUUUGCUCAAGGAUACUGGCUUGGUUGAUGGCAACACUGCCUCCUACAAUACAUGGAGUCAUGAUGAUUAUCUCAUCCGGGCAGUCAUUUGCUAUGGACUGUAUCCUGGAAUUUGCUCUGUUGUGAACAAUGAAAAGUCAUUUUCAUUGAAAACUAUGGAGGAUGGCCAAGUGCUUCUGUAUUCGAACUCAGUCAAUGCUCGGGAAUCUAAAAUUCCUUAUCCAUGGCUAGUUUUCAACGAGAAGAUAAAAGUGAAUUCUGUUUUCCUCCGUGACUCAACAGCUGUUUCUGAUUCAGUGCUUCUCCUAUUUGGCGGAGGCAUCUCAAGAGGGGACACUGCUGGACACUUUAAAAUGUUGGGUGGAUAUCUUGAAUUCUUCAUGAAUCCUUCUAUAGCAGACAUGUAUCUAAGUUUAAGGGAAGAACUUGAUGAGCUGAUUCAGAACAAACUACUGUAUCCCAGGAUGGACAUACACACUCAUCAUGAGCUCCUAUCAGCUGUGCGGUUGCUGGUUUCAGAGGACGGAUCUGAUGGCAGGUUUGUAUUUGGCCGCCAGGUCCUGAAGCCCUCAAAGACAUCUGUUAUCGCAACAAAGCCUACCUUAGUUUCAAGAAUUGAAAGUGGACCUGGGGGUGAUAAUUCUAAGAGUCAGCUACAAACAUUGAUCACCAGGGCUGGAUAUGCUGCGCCCACUUACAAAACUAAGCAACUGAAGAACAACCAGUUCCGUGCCACCGUGGAGUUUAAUGGAAUGCAAAUUAUGGGUCAGCCUUGUAACAACAAGAAAAGUGCGGAGAAAGAUGCUGCGGCUGAGGCUCUUCAGUGGCUUAUGGGUGGAAACCAAGCGGGCAAUGAGUAUAUAAAUCAUAUGUCAAUGUUGCUGAAGAAAAGCAAGAAGGAUCAUGGUUAAUCUAAUGAGACUGAGUAAGGGCUUUCCGGCAAAGUGACGAACAUGAUGAAUUGUUUUUAGGAGUUUCUGCAACCUAGUCGUGUGACCAUGUGGAUCAAGAUCCCCCCCUCUUCUGUCUGAAAAAGCGGAAAAAAAUGAAAACAUAAGAUGGCAGUCACUUCAAAGACCCAGUAAAACUCGACCAUGUGAUAUGCAUACUGUCCUAUAAGCAGUCAGACUCGGGCAUACUUCACUAUGAAAGAACAUUGUUUAAUUGAAUGAUACUGUAUCAUCUGCUUUGGGUGAUGGAGCUUCAGCAGAUCGAAUAAAGUCGAGGGGAAUGCAGUCGACCUAUUUUGUUCGUUUCAUGCUUUUUGCUUAUACUGGGGCACAAUUGAUGGUGGCCUGUAGAGAUGGUCAAGGACAGGCUUGUUGGGAGUUAGCGCAUGGCAUUAAUGGACUAUAUAUACAGAUGGGAGAAGCAGUGAUAUAUUACCCCGUUUUUAGCACAGAUAUGUAAUUGAGAAUGUACACUUGUAUUAUAUUAUUGUUACUUCAGAAGUAAUGAGUAGGCAUGUAUAUUUUUACGGGUGAUAUAAUUUUAUCUUCCCCUUAUUCAA